AUGGCCGCAUUCCUCCGCAAGGCUGCCAGCGUCCUUGACAAGGCUGAAGAUGCUAUCAAGCAUGUUCUAGGGAAGGAUGAUGAGCCGCCAAAGCAGGACGUCGCCCAGCCGGCACCCGGAUCUCCGGCGCCACCUCCCUACACCGGGCCCCCUGGCGCAUCGCCGCCUGCCGCUACUGACUCGCGGCUCACAUGCUGCUCCGACGAUGUGCCGGCGGAUUUCAACAAGCUCGGCUCGUGCUUCUCGUGCUCGGCGUGCAAGAACGUGUACCAGGUCUCCAAGAGCCGCCGUCGGUUCCACUGCAAGGUCUGCGAUGACUUUGACUUUUGCCACACCUGCAUCCAUCGCAUCCCGCACGAUACCUCCCAUGGCUUUGUCAUGCUGAGCCCGGACAAGGCGUACCAGCUGCCGAUCGUGUACCCGCCGGCAAACUUUGUCGAUAUGUCUGGUGUCGACGCUGCCUCGGCCUCGGCCUCGGCCGACGAGGUGACGUCGAGCCCGGGCAUGGCCGGCUUUGACGCCUUCCUUGCCUCGGUCAAGGCCGAGUCAUUCUCCAGCGGCAAGAUCUCCAAGAUCGAGAUGGUGGCCAAGAACAACAUGUUCAACGCAACGCAGGCCGGCCUCCUCCUUGACGCCAUGGACUUUGACAAGGACAAGAUCACCGUCGCUGUUCUGCUCUACCCGCAGCUGACCAACCAGGCCAACUUUUACCAGGUCCUCGACCACCUCGACUUUUCGUCGUCCAAGGACGAGGUCCGCAACCAGCUUGGACUGUAA